UUAGUCAUCAAAUGCUCACUCACAUGUCAGUUUGACUGUUUACACUUCUCAUAUCCCUAAUCUUUUGUGAGCUGUUAUUGUUUAGUUUCUUAUAUUAUUUGUCUAAAACAAUUCAACAACUUCCAUGGAAUUUGGAUAAAACACUGAGGAUUACUCUAAAUUGUCAUAUUAACUAUCGAUCAUUUAUAUCUACAUUGUAGUUGAUGAUUUACUAGAAUCUGUUUUUUCCUCAUUGUUACUAAAAUUACUACUCCUGCUGUAGUGAAUAACAUCCAGAAGCUCUUUGUCUUUACUAGUUGCCAUUGUAAACAUGACUGAUAUGUGUUCCUCGUCAACCUCUUUUGAGGAUCUUGGUGAUGAAGAGAAUGAUUCUUCUCUUGCUAAUAACAAUUUAGCUCAAUCAUUAUUACAAAAAUUUGAGUCCCUACCCAGUAAUUUGUGUUAUGAUGGUGGCGAUGGUGACAAUGAGGAAACCAUUGCUGAUAUACAAAGUCUAACCAGUAGUGAUAUUAGUGGUAAAGAGCUGUGGAUAUUUUGUGAUAAAGAAUUCGACAAUCAAUCAAAUUCUGGUAAAUCACGAAGGAAAAGUCCUCUCGAUGAGCAGCCCAAGAUUGGCUCAAUAAUUCGAUGCCUGCUUAACUCUGAUAUCGACGGUCUCAAAAAAUUAGCUCGACAAAAAUUUGGCUUAUUAAAUGAUUCCUUGCGAUUACUCGUUUGGCCUAAAUUGGUUAAAGCUGAUAUGAUUGAAACAAUUCCUCGACCUGAUAACCGAGAAAUGGAAACACAUCCAUUCUAUACUCAAGUGGUUAUGGAUGUAAAUCGUUCAUUGAAAAGAUUUCCACCCAGUAUCGAAGAAACUCAAAGGCUUUCCAUGCAGCAGCAAUUAAUCCAGUUAAUAAUGAGGGUUCUUAUUAAAAACCCCAGUCUCUAUUAUUACCAAGGUUAUCACGAUAUCUGCGUCACAUUCCUGUUGAUACUUGGUGAAGAGAUGGCUUUCCAUGUUGUUGAUUCCAUCUCUCGGACUCAUUUGAAACAGCAUAUGGAAAAAACAAUGGAAACCACGGCUGAUUUAAUGGAAUUCAUUUUGAUUAUGGUCGAUGAGGAAGAUGGUCAGUUGGGUGAUUUUAUGUACAAAUCUGGCGUUGGUACUAUAUUUGCUUUAAGUUGGGUUAUUACCUGGUUUAGUCACAUUUUUCGUGAUUACAAGACAGUUGGAAGACUUUUCGACUUGUUUCUUGCCGAUGAUCCCAUGUUACCAAUUUAUCUCUCAACCACAAUUGUACUUUAUAAAAAAGAUGAUAUUUUAAAGCUUGACUGUGAAAUGGCCGUGGUUCAUCAAUACCUCUGUAGUAUAUUAGAAAGAGAAGAAGACCUACCCAUUGAAGAGCUGAUUAUCCAAGCAAAGGAACUAUUUGCUAAAUAUCCACCAGAUAAGCUUAGGUCAUUACAAAAAAUUAAACCCCGAUCAAUCGUUACCAAAAGGAAGGAGCAUAGUGCCUUAAUUAGUCUUAUCUUUGCUAUACUCGAUAAAGGGGCUAAAUUUAGUUUCAUUCCCAUCACUGUUACAAUGGUGCUUUGUGCUAUUGUCUAUCAACAAUAUUUAAGCAAAUGAUUCCUUAACCCAAUUAUCCUCUUUCCCUAUGAGCUACAGAACCAAUAUCAAACAUACUUAUUUCCCUUCUGAUUUUAAUACUAAGCUACAUUUUUUGUAUAAAAUUAAAUCUGUAUUCUUGAGAAACACACAAUUAAAAAUGAUUUCAUUCAUGUA